AUGUGUGUCACGUAUUGCGAUGGAAACCCCGAAUGUGUUGAUGGUUCUGAUGAGCUCGAUUGCCCUACUCGUGCUCCUGUUACAUCGUCCGACAGUAUUGCUUUUGCUCAAAGUACAGAAUCGAGUGGUAAUGGAAACGAACCUGCCAAUAUACCUGGAGGAACAACUGAUAUAACUGAAGCUACUCUUCCACAAAUAACAGUACUCGAUCGUGAAUCUGCGCCGACAGGUUUGAUCUUGAUUCUUGAUUUACUUAAUGAACUAUAUGUUUUUUGUCUUUCUAUUUUAGCUGCUGUAGAUACAACUGCUAAUGAAGGUGUAAAUACAGCCGUUACCCAACAAUCAACUGCCGAAGAAGCACAAGCAGCAACAACGGUGGCUGCUGAUGUUACAAUAGCUCCUGCUGCCGAUGAUGCUACAACAGCUGCUGCUAAUGCCGAUGCUGAUGCUACAACGGCUGCCGCUGCGGACGCUGAGGCUACAACAGCUGCCGCCGCUGAUGCCGAUGCUACAACAGCUUCCGCUGAUGUUAUAACUGCUGCUGCUGCUGCCGCUGAUACCACAGAAGGUUCUGCUGCUGAUGAUGCUACAACCGCCGCUGCUGCCGCUGAUGCCGAUGCUACAACGGCUGCCGCUGCUGAUGCUAAUGCUGAUGCCACAACAGCUGCUGCUGAUGAGGCUGAAGCUUCAACAACUGCUGCUGCUGCUGGUGAGGCUGAUGCUACAACAGCUGCUGCUGAUGCUGAAGCUACAACAGGUGCUGGCGCUGAUGCUACAACAGGUGCAGCUACCGAUGAUGCUACUACUGAAGCAGCAGAAAAUGGCGCCACUGGCGAUGCUACUAAAGGUAGUGAAGCUGAAGAAGGAGCAACAACAACUGCUGACGCCCAUCUUGAAACAUCAACUGGUGCAGAUGACUUGACAUCCGCUAAACCAGGAAAUGGUCAUGUAACUGAAGAUGAAAGUAGUACAGCUGGUGUUACUGGAGACGCCACAAGUCCUCAUGAUGUAUCCGAUCAAGUAACAACUGUUGAAGCUACUACUACAGAUUCAGAUAUAGCAACAACUGCUAGUGAUGCAACUACAACAGAUGAUACUUCUGAUGCAACUCAAGAUUCAUCGACUGAUGCUUCAAAUGGAAGUAACGGAUUAGUAACAACAGUAACAGAAGAUACAACUGUUGCACCUGUUCAACCAGAACCUAGUGACCGAGUUGAACUUCGUGUUGUUAUUAGUCCAGAAAUUCUCCAAGUACAACGUGGUCAAACUUAUGAAAUGACUUGUACUGUUUAUGGUGCUGAUGCAAGCACAACCAUUUACUGGAUUCAAGAAGAACCAGAACGACGUUAUGCUCUUACUGAUCCAGCUCAAGCAACUGAUAAACAAGUAACAAUGUCGCAAGUAUCAUUAAAAGCACGUAUUACAAUUGAUGAUCCAAGUAAAAUCGGUAAAUAUACAUGUAUGGCACAAGAUACAGCUGGUAACAGUGGUGCAGCUAUUCUUACUAUGGAAGAAGGCCGUUAUUAUCCACCAGUAGUAUAUCCACCAGUAGUAUAUCCACCAGUAUAUCCACCAAUUACACCUGGAGGAGGUGGUCAAGGAUAUUUACGUAUUGUUGCACCUGAUAUGGCUGAAGGUGAUUAUAUAGAAAUUCAAUGUGAAGGUGCUGCACCAGAAGAUGAAGGACGUAUUCAAUGGUUUUUUAAUAACCGAGUAAGAAUUUCUUUUUUAAAUCAUAAAGAUUUGAAAUAA